UUAAAAAAAAGUGCAGUGGAUACUCAAAAUUUAUGAUUCAAUAAAUAAUAUAUUUUCAAAACAUAAAAAAGUUAUGUGCUACAGAGUAAUUAACUGUAAAUUACUCUAAAAACAUUUAAAAAUCAAUGCGAAAGAAGAAAAGCUUGAAGCUUUACGAAAAAAUUAACGAAGUGGUAAUUUAAAAAGAUAUCUUAAAAAUAAACAAAUUAAACUUUAGUACUCAAAAAAAGAGUAUGGAGACAAAUUUACUAGUGAUUUAAAAAGAUUAAAUUUGAACUAGUGCAUCUGCGUAAUCCUUGACUGAUUCUGCCUCUACAUUCAAAACAUAGUGCCAGCGAGUAAAAGAAACCCACUUUCACUACCAUAUACCCUACCAUUGCCAUUAACCAUUCAGGGUCUCAAAACAGUAAUACCAAAAAAAAAAAUUCACCUACAAAAACAACUUUGCGCAAACUGUAUUUACUUACAAGUAAACAACUUUAGAAUCGAAAAUAAAAUUUAAAAUUCAAUAGAAAUUAACUAGACAUGCUGUGCAUUUUGUGCGGCAUAAACAAAUAAAAACAUUUGUCUGCGAUUUGUUAAUUAAUAAAAACGUAUAGAGAAAAAAGUGCGUAAAUUUGUGAAACUUUGAAAAAAUCUACUAACUUGCAUUUGUGAACCUUUCUGUGGUAAACCACAAGCUGCCAGCCUCAAUCAAUCUGUGCUUGUAAGCUUUCAAGGAUUAGCAUCCUCUACGUUUCACCAUUUUGUACGCGGCACGCGCAAAAAACGGAUUAAAAGUGGAAGACAUCACGGCGAAAAUGGUAAGGAAGCCAUCGUAAUAUUUCUAUACUACUUCAUUCUCGCUGAUAAUGGCUUGCGUUAAUAAACAAUAUUCAGCCACCGAUUUGGAGGCUUUUAUGAAAAUCGCCGUCAAUUGGCAGAAUAGUAAUCACAAUUUGUUGGAAGGAGUCGAUAUAAAAGGAGAAAUGCAGCAAUACAUGAACAGUCCUGCCAUGAAUAUGUACAAAAAGCGUGAACGCACACAAAACUGGAAUCAUCAGGAGAAGAAGUUCUUGCUUGACUUGUGUCGCAAGGACAUGCGGAUUAUCGAAAACAAAAGACUCGAUGCGGGGUUGACGGCGGUAAAGAAUAAAGCCUGGAAGAUAAUACAUCAGAAAUUCUCAAGUCAAUUUGGUACAGAUCGCACCUGUAAUCGCUUGAAGGAGCAAUGGCGGCGCAUGAAAGCUUGCACGCGUAACGAAAUUUUAGACUAUAAUAAUCGUUUGGCCAGAUUUGGUGCAGAGGUCGCUGAUCGCAAGAAGCCAUCGCCAUUCACAUUCGAAGUUUGGGAAUUCAUGCAGGAGGCCAAGAAAGCUUGCAAAUCAGAAGCUUUGGAUGGAAUUGACUACUCAAAGAUACCGUUGGCGCUUGAAGAGGAUUACGAAUAUCGCGAAGAUGAACAAAAUGGCGAGGAUGAUCACGAUAUGGAUGACAGUCGCACCCCACCACAGGAGCUCUGCGAUGUCGAUAUCAAAGAGGAAACCAAUGAGACCUUCAACGACACCGUCAACAAUCACCAUGAAUCACUGGCGGCCGGUGAACGCCGUCCCUCCUCCUCUUCGCCGAACCUCAGCCGCCUGGGCGCACACGAUCUCGAACGCGCCAGCCUACACAGUCCAGCUGGUAAUUUGGCGACGGCCAGUGAACUCACCAACCCCAGCUUUCUCACACAGAACGGUGCUAGUGGCGGUGGUGCAGCGAUCGGUGGCAGCGCCGGCGACAUGGGCGCCUUCCAGCCUGCCUUCAACAUGAGCAACAUCUCCGCCACAUUGGAAGCGUUGAAUGCGUUACGUACCGGGCAAUUUCCCUCGGCAGCCGCUGCCGCUGCAGCUGCCUUACAGAAUAAUUUCGCUGCCGCCGCCGCGCAGCAACAUAGCCAACAGCAUCAGCAACAACAGCAAAUGACAACACCAAGCAGCAACGACCAGCCACUGGUUAAGCGUCCGCGCAGCUCGAGUGGCAGCGGUAAUGGCGAAGAGGUGUUGCAUGAUUUGUCAAUGAAUGGCGCCGCUGCCGCUGCAAUAGCCAACACAGCAACCUCACAGCUGGGCGGCAGUGCGUUGGGUAUUGCGCCUAGUAGCACGCCUGAGAUGCGCGCCUUCAUGGAUAUGCAGAGCAAAGAGCAUUUGAUGCGCAUGAAAAUACUCGAAGUGCAACUGCAAGCGGCCAAAUAUAGUCGCGAUCUUGUCGAGAUCAAUAAGACAUUGGCGCUGCAGAAGCUGCAGGAGUUGGCCAGCAAGCGUCUGACGAGCUAAGUGCGGCGGAUGAAAAAGUGCGAGUAGUAGACGCGUGUGGAAGCGGAAGUGGAAGUGGAGGAAGUAGUAUUUAUGAGAGUUGCUUGCAUGGAAGCGCUGCUGGCGUGCUUUUCGGCGUUGGGAAUGGGAUGUAAGCGGAAAAAGGCAGCAACGUGGCGCGGAGAUAAGCGCUUCAAGUGGCAACCGCUCGUGUUUUCGUUACAUACCUACAUACAUACAUAUGUAGCUACAUAUUACUUUUUAUUUAUCAAACGUUUGAAGAAUUAUUAUAGUUUUGUUUGCUCUUUUUUUUGAAUAGAAACAACAUUCCUGUUAGCGUCAGUUCAAUACAAACCUAAUUUACUGUUAUUAGAAAUAGUUGCUCUUCUUUUCAUUGUUACUGUGUUUGAAGUCACAAAUUUUAAAGAAUACAAAGAAAUAUGGAAUAUGAAGUUAAUAAAUAAAAAAAAAAGUAAUUUUACUUAAUUUUUGAAAUAAUUUUCGCCAAGACAGUAUUUACAAAGUAGUUAUAACAGAGUGAUAGAAAAUGUAUUAAAAAAUAAAACAAUCCUUUAGGUAUGCAAUAGUUAACACAAUAGCCCUACCUCAGUGGUCACAACCAUGUUGCAUAGUAAGAAAUAUAAACAGUUGAAAUUAGCUAACAAACUUUAAAAACAAACUUGUUAUUGGUUAAAAAUAAAUUCAGUUUGGUAACAUCGUUUCGGAAUGUACAAAAAGUUCGCCCUAUAUAUGUAUACUACAUACAUGCAUACAUAGGUAUGCACAUACCUUUGUAUGUUGCUUAUUUUUAGUGUGCUUAUCUAAUUAAACCUCAAUUUUGCAACCAAGCAAUGCUUGAUUUUUAAACGCUGAUAGGCUCCACAGAAUUGCUUUAAUUUUAACUUAGUAGUAAGCUAGUUGAAUUCGGAGUGUGGGCGGCAAACAGCUGCGCUUAGAUAGCUUAAGCUCGCAAGCCAUUAACGGCAACCCGAAAGCCGUUCUUUGUAAAUUAAAUUAUGAGAAAAGCACGACGAAGUUCCAAAAUUUUGGGCCAAUUUUAUGGGCCAUUGAAACAAAAAGAAAAUAUUCUAAAUACACUCAACAUUUCUGGGGUGCCAAAAACUCAAAAAUUGUGUAACCUUGAUUUUUUUUUUUUGGAAAUAUAAAAACGGUGUUGAAUAAAAAUUACAACAAUUUGUUCUCCGAUUAAUCUAGUUCACGUUAACUAUAUAUGUAUAUGGAAAGCAACAGUCUGUUCUGGAAGAACAAUAUUAUAAAAAUUAAUAGAAUAAAAAUCAACACUAAGAGUAAUAAAUGUGUAAAAUUGAAAUAUUUUUGUACUUAUAACACUUGUGUAGCAAUACAUGUACAUAUAUUAAAUUCAUAGUGUAAAGAAAUGUUGCAUAAACAAUAAAAUGAAAUACAAAAAAAAAAAAAAAAAUUCCACAUAAACAGUGAAAAUGCAACUUUUAUAUACAAUUGUUACAAAGCGCAAAUCACAAAAUGAAGAUAACUUUGAAAAUAAGCAAAUAUAUAGUUAUUUUGUAUAUGUAAAAGUGAAUUAAUUACUUAAUUUUAUUGAAAGUAAAUAUUUUAAACAAAUAAGCACUUAAAAGGCGCAAAAGUAUUCACU